AUGGCACCCCCAUCACCAACAUUAUCCAAGAAGGAUAAAAAGAAACUGAAGAAGCAGAAAGACAAGGCGACAGCAGCAGCCGCUGAGCAAGCAGCCUUCAUGCCACCUCCACCACCACCUCCGCCACAAGAACCUUCAGCACAAGAUGAGCCUUCAGCAAGCUCUUCAAGUAAGAAAAAGAGCAAGAAGAGCAAGAGAAAAGACUCAAAGUCGCUACCAGAACCUCCUUCUAUACCAAUUCCCCCACCUCCAACUGCCGAGGCGAGCAAGGAGCCGGAGAAGGUAGAGGAGGAGAAGGAGGUAGAGGCAAAGACUGAUGAACCUGAAACGGCCGGAACACAGGACAACGCCGAUGCCAAGGACGCAUCAGCCACGGAAGACAAGGCUGCUGGUGAAGAGACACCCACACCAGAGGCGGCGUCCAAGGAGGACGAAUCUGCCAAAGACACCAAAUACGAUGAAGCCGACAAGGAGGAAGAGCCACCUGUGAAGGAAGGUGCACCUCCGAACGAGACGCCAACUUCUGAAGCGGGCGAGGAGGCUACUCCCGUGGAAGCUCUAGGUCAGGAAGACUCAGCCGAGCAAGACGCCGCCCCGGAUGAGGCACCUACAGAAGAAGCCCCUGUGGCGGAGUCACCAGCAGUUGAAGCCCCUACAGCGGAAACUCCAGCGACAGAAGAAACAUCAACCAAAGGUGAUGAUGCAACAGCUGCACAGGAACCAAGCACGCCAAGUGAAGCUCCUACCAGCGAAGAGUCUCUCCCCAAGGACGAGAAGGCAGCCGAGCCUGAGGUAGUCGACACUCAAGAAAAGGGCAGCGACGGUGAUGAUGAUGAACCUUCGAUGGCUGCUGCAUCCAAAUCUACAAGUAAGAGCCAGAAGAAGAAGAAGAAGGAAAAGGAGAAGAAGGAGAAGAAAGAGAAGGAGGAGAAAGACAAGAAGAAAACAGCUGCAAAGUCUGAGAAAUCCCAUCAUCACAAGUCGAAACACUCACAUUCUUCGUCAAAGGAGGUUGGCUCUUCCAAAGACAAAGCUCUCGACCCACCACCUGUUGCCAAGGACAAGCAGGAAGUGGUGACUGUUCCGGCUGAGCCAAAGGCAGAGGAAACUAAAGCUUCCGAAUCGGAAGUGGAAUCCCAGCCAGUUGAAAAGACAUUACCUCCAUCAGAGGAGCCAGCAUCUUCGAAGGAAGAGAUUCCCACUGAAGAGUCAAAGGAGGAGCAAAAAUCUGUUGAGGAACCAGAACCUUCAGAAGAGCAAGCAUCUGCUGAGGAGACAAAACCCUCUGAAGAGUCCAAGCCUUCUGAGGAGCCAACACCUGUUGAAGAGCCAACACCUGUUGAAGAGCCAACGCCCGCUGAAGAGCCUAAGCCUGCGGAAGAGCCUAGCCCUUCCGAGGAACCAGAACCUUCAAAAGAGCCAGCGUCUACCGAGGAGCUAAAGCCCACUGAAGAGCCUGCACCUGUAGAAGAGUCAACGCCUGGUGAAGAGCCCAAACCCGCUGAUGAGCCAGCACCUGUAGAGGAGCCAAAGGAGGAGCCAAAAACUAUCGAGGCACCAGAGCCUUCAGAAGAGCCAACGUCAACUGAGCAGCCAGCACCUGCAGAAGAGCACAAGCCUGCUGAUGAACUAGAGCUAGUCGAGGCACCAGAGCCUUCGAAAGAGCAAGCACCUGCUGAGGAGACAAAACCCUUUGAAGAGCCUAAGCCUUCCGAGGAACCAGAUCCUUCAAAAGAGUCAAAGCCUACUGAAGAACCAGAGCCAACCGAGGAGCCAACACCUGUCGAGGAAUCAAAAGCAGUGGAAGAGUCAGCACCUGAGGAACCAAGGCCUUCAGAAGAUCCAGCACCUGCCGAGGAGCCGAAAAUGAAGGAACCCUCGACAAAGGACGAAAAUGCCGCAGAAGAGCCAAAGACUGAAAGUGAAGCUUUAGUAGUGGGCACGUCUGGCAAAGACGAACCCGAGCCUAACCCCACGGACGAGGUACCACCUGCGCCGGAAGGCCCAGCUCCAACCAAGGAGUCUGAUCCUGCAGACGAACCCCUGGCUGAAGAUAAGCAAACAGAAGAGCCCUCGACUGCGCCUGUUGUGGAAGAGGUAUCUUCUGAGGCUCUUGGAACAAAGGAACAAACUAAGGCACCCGAAGCUGCGCAAGAGCCUGAAACGGCAGCCGAUCUCAAGUCUGAGGAAGACAAACCAGCUGACGUCGGUGAAGCUGCCACCUCGGAAGCGCCUUCGGAACCCGAGAAAGCCCCUGAAAAUGAAGCUGCGGCGACUCUAGAGGAAGAAAAAACGUCCGAACAUGGCAACGAAAACUCUUCUCAGUCAGAUAACAAGCCGGAACCAGCAGACGAAGCCCCUGCUGCGACCGAGGAGGCACCCGCCAAGGACACAGCAGGCGAGCCCGAAAGCAAGCCAGUCGCAAAUGACGAGAUGCCGUUAACGCCGGACGAAGCCCCUUCAAACGAUAGGACAGUUAGGAAAUCCGAUGAAGCUGAGCAAUCUAGCGACAAGGACGCUCAGGUGACGAUGCCUACUGAAGAUAAUAAGGACGCGGAGGAUGAGAAGCCAGCUAUUUCAGCCGAGACACAGAACUCUACCAAAAGCAAAGAGUCGGCUCCCGUGGAAGAAGCUAAGAAGAACGACGACGCUACCGCUGCUCCACCUGAAAAGGAGGAUGCCGAAGACGCAGACGACAUACCGACCGAGAAGGAGGCACCAAUCCCAGAUGCUGUGCAUUCGGAGGCGGGCAACGCGGCUAGCGAUGAGACAGCUGAGGAACAGGUGCCAAUAACAGAGGCUCCCAAGGACGAGGCUGCCCAGGCAGAAGAUGCAACCGCUUCGACGUCAAAGAAGACAAAGAAGAAAAAGAAGAAGAAGGGCAGUAAGAGUGGAAUCGAGAUGCCAGUCACAGCCGAGCCAGCAGCUGUCCCUACCGACGAAGCAGAAGUUCAAGUCACGACGGAGCCCAUUAUUGAGCCAGAAGCUCCUGUCGAGGCUGCCACUGAGCCAGCCACUGGGCCUGAGGUUUCUGAACAGGCUUCUAAUGAACCAACUUCUGAGCCCAAGACUGCUGCCAAGCCCAAGACUGAUAACCCGACUACUGAAUCUGCUACUGACCCCGAAGCUGCUGAAAAGGCUCUCCCCAACGAAUCAACUACGGAGCCAGAGCCCGAGACUACUGUCGAUUCUGAAUACCCCUCCAACAAGUCUGUUACCGGACCUGCUACUGAACCUGAAGCAACUGAGAAGGCUGUUGAGUCAGUUGCUGAGCCCAAGGAUGCUGCUAAACCUGAGACUGUUGCUAAGCCCGAGACUGUUAUCGACUCUGAAGCUCCCUCCGAUAAGUCUGCUACUGAAUCUCCCACUGAGUCUGAAGUAACCGAGAAGGCUGUUGAGUCAACUGUCGAGCCUGAGAUUGCUCCUGAGCCCGAGACUGUUAUCGAUUCUGAAGCUCCCUCCGAUAAGUCUGCCGCCGAAGCCGUCACUGAGCCUAAAGUAGUCGAGCAGGCUAUUGAACCAGUUUCUGAGUCUGAAGCUGCUGUGGAGGCUGAAGCUACCCAACCUGAAUCUGAUGACUCAGUUGUUCAGCCCAUCACUGAGCCUGAAGUUGCGGAAAAAGCUGCUGUAGAUGAACCAGCUCUAGAGCCUGAGCUUGAGACCGUUGCCGAGGCUGAAGCUUCUGUCGAUUCUGAGCCUGAAGUUGUUGAGAAGGCUGCCUCCGACAAACCACCUUCCGCGCCUGAGACUGCAUCUGAUCAGCCAGAAACUGAGCCUUCUGCCGAGCCUACCGCCGAACCUGUUCUUAAGCCCGCUGACGAUUCUAAACCUGGUACUGAGCCCGAGGUAGACCUUGAUAAACCAGCUUCUGAACAAGCCCUUGAUGAGCCUUCAGCGGAGCUCAAGCCUGCUGCCGAGACCGAAGCUGCCGAGAUGGUUGCCUCUGAUGAACCAUCUUCUACACCCGAGACAGCGUCUGACCAGCCAGCCACUGAGCCUGCCGUCAAAUCUGCCCCCGAGUCUGAGUCCGUGUCUGACAAGCCACCGGCAGUCGAGUCUGACUCCUCUACAAAGUUUGAACCUACUGUUGAAUCGGUAAAAGACACCCCCGAGGUUGUCAAGACAGAAAGUGACGUGGAAUCUGAACAAGUGGUUGUGCCUAAAGACGAUGUUUCUUCUGAAGAUGAAGACGAGUCCGACUCCGACUCCGAGUCUGAGUCAGAGUCAGAUGUCGAGCCAGACAAUGGCGCGCCUGAAGAGGUUGCCAACAACAAAGAUAUUGGCAAUUCGGAUACCGAGAGCUUAGAAGGCAAAUCGACUGAACGUGCUACAAACGCUGACAGUGAAGAAGAGCCAUCACUAUUGGAAAAGAAGGAUGACUCUCAGGAAGCCUCAGCAGAGACCGAAGCACCCGAAUCAUCCGUUGAGCCCGAGAAUAAUGAUGUUGAGGUUUCGGAACCGAAAGCCACAGCCAUAGAAGGCAAAGACAACACCGUUGUGGCAAACAUGAGCGAGUCGGAAGCAACAUCUGAGAGCGAAGAUGAUGAUGAAGACGAUGAAGACGACGAUUCCGAUUCUGAACACCAACCAGCGGAAAGCGACAAAGCCACAGACGCGCUACCUACCAAGACUGCGGAAGAAGAACCAGCUCUUGCCGAGAAAGAUACACUGGACUCGGCGAAAGAAGACGAUUCGGACUCUCCAAUCACGGAAUCAACUGAUGAGAAGAAGGAUAAGCCUUCGCCCCCUGAAACUUCUGCAGAGAAAGUCGAUGUGCCUGCUCCUCCUUCCAAUGAGGAAGCAGAAGACAGUACCGAAACAGUGGAACUAGCUGAUACUGUUGACAAGAAGGAGCCUGAAUCCGCAGCAGAAAAAUCCGAUUCACCUCAGGUGAAGCCAGAGUCUACUGCUCAAGAAGGGGCAGCAGCAGAGAUUGAUCCCGCUGAAGACGAUACUUCUGAAGAUUCUGCUUCUGAAGCCAGUGAUGACGAUACUAUCGCGUCUGUGACAGACAAAGCCGUCGAUGGAGAAACACUGCAAAUAUCUGUCAAUCCGGGAGAUGAUUCACCAUUGGAGGGCAAGACCUCCCAUGCUCCUGAUGUUUUGGAUACCGAUGAGGCAAACGCCCAAGUCAUCAGUGAAGCUAGCAAGGGUUCGGUUGUUGAAGCAGAGAAUGUUGUACAGGAACCACUUGAUGAGGGUGCACAAGAUAAACCCGUGCCCGACAAUGAAGCGCCAAAGGAGCCUGAAAGCAACGAUAAAAUUUCACCCCACACUGACGCUGAGGAAACUCAAGAACCAGUAGCCUCUGGCGCAGAUGACAACGAACCGGAGGAAAGCACUCUUAUUUCUACGAAAGAAAAAGCAGCGCUAGACGAACCUGUCGCUGAGGAGGAAGCCAAGCAGCCAAUUGACGACGCUACAGGACAUGAUGAGAAGCCUGAGACUGAAUCGCCACCUUUGGACAAUCCGGCUGACGACGAGCCUGCCUUGGACGACAAGGAUUUGGACGCGACACAACCUGCACAGCAGACAGCCGAAGAUGUCGAAAUGUCUGACGAGGACUCCGCAGAUGAAGCCCCUGCAGUUGACGAGAAGCAGGAGACACCGGAUGAUCCUGUACCCAGCAAGCCAGAAGAAGUAGAAGACUCAACCUUGGAGGAGAAGCCAGUUGUUGAAACACUUGCAGAUGACAACGACAUACAAGGUGCAACUGAAGCUUCUGACGAGGAUCAGACAGCGCCAGAGGCCACGCCUUCGACUAGCGAUAAACCAGAGGAAAUACCUGUAGUGGAUGUUGAUCCAGGAGAAAGCGAAGCACCAAGUGCUGAAACCGAUGGCGCGGCUGAAGUUGACGAUAAACCCGGAGGCGCAACUCCGCCCGAUGGCGUGCCAGAACAAACAGUGGCCGAGGUUUCUGAUAACGAAUCGGAUACUCCCGCUCCCGCUCCUGCGCCUGAAGAUGGCGAAUCCAAGGAGAAGGACAAGACUGCUGAGCAGGAACCAACUACAGAGCCGCCAGCGACCGAUGAGAAGCCGGAGGAAACAGCUCAAGCAUCUAAUGAUGAGCCAGAGCCACUAGUAGCCCCCAGCGACGAGCCAAAGGAAGCAGAAACUCCUGAGGUUACGCCAGCUGAGGAGCCCACUGUAGUUGGUGAUGAUUCGAAAGAAGCCGAUGUUUCCGAGGCCGAGUCAGUUGUGGAGGUUCCCGUUCAAGACAACCCCCCAGAAGCAGAAGCAGAAGCAGAGGCAGAAGUUGAACCUGUGAAAGAAGCAUCGGUGUCUGAAGAGAAACUGGCCGAGGAAGAACAGACGGCUCAAGCUCAAGAAGAACCACAGCAAGGCUCCGCACCAGCUGACAAUACACCAGAGGAAGAAGAAAAAUCUGCCAAAGACGAGUAUAUCGAAGCUCCUAUAGCCUCUGACGAUAAGGCAGGAGAAGAUGUAAAAUCAGCAGAAGAACCACCUGCAUCUGCACCUAUAGCUGAAGACGAGCUCAGCCAAUCACCGCCCACCGCUGCACAAGAAGAAUCCAAGGAGAUCACUACGGCUGAAGAAACUACGGAAGCGACUCCAGUAGCAGAACCCGUGCCUGCUUCUGAAGAGCCCCCGGCCGGUGACACAGUCUCUACUGACGAUCAAGCAGUCGAUGAUCCCAAGAACGCCGAGGACGUAGCGACACCAACAGUACACGAACCUCGUCCACCAGAAGGAGAAGGUCAAUCAAAACCUGUAGACGAAACACCAGCCUCGGAACCCGAGGAUGCCAUCGUCAAACCUAUUGAUGAUUCUGCUGAUGUACCUCCUGCCGAAGCAGAAAAGAAGGAAGACGAGCCAGUCAAAGUCACCACCAAGGAAGAUACGAGGGCGAAGGAAGAUGAAGAGAGCAAGGAUACUCUCGGACCAAUUCCAAGGACCAAGAACCCGGUCAAAAAAGGUGAGGAAAAUGGUUCAUUACAAAAUGCCCCUUUUGAUUUUGCACAAAAUUAUGGAAAUUCUACGGAGCUGGAUAAAAAGAUGGACAAUGACGCUUCAGAGCUGCUUUCAGACGAUACCCAGGAACUUUCAGAAAGACAGCACUAUGAGGAGAGCUCAGAACUCAAGAGCCGGUCAUUGAUGACUGAAGCGCCGAGCGACCAGAAUAACCAGACCGCCACAGGAACCACAAGGCCAGGACUGCAAGAAACUCUUUCAGCGGUGGACGAAGACCCACAAGAUCGAGUUGUGAGUAAGACUCUGGAUCUUGAUCUCCAGGAUAGCGAUCUGGUUACGAGCCACCCAGCCACCAGCAACGCUAGAGAGCCCACACCAGGCACUCCACAUGAGCAGGGCACUCCAGACCAAUCGGAAGACGCUGUCAAUGAAAUUGACCCUGUAAAUGUCGACUCAAUUGCUACCGCGACUCCCCAGCCUCUGCAGCCCGAGACGACUGAGACACUUGCUGGGGAACCAGACUCAGAGCCAUCUUACAAUACUCAUGAUGGCAAUGAGAAGUCUGGGAGAAUGGACUCAUAUUUUCCAGUCAUAAUUGCUCGCAGCGCAUCAUCAGCAUCAGCUUCGGUAGUUUCUGAUGACGAUUCAGAAAUUUCCACGUCUUCGCGCACAGCAGCCGAAAAGUCUCAAGUACAGCUGCUAGACAACAAAGACAGUAUUGGCCAUGCCGAACCAGACGCGAACAACUCACCGUCAGGGCUAUUGCAGCCUAUCGAUACACCGGAUGCUACUCACCAAUCCAAAAUUCUGGAAACCGACUUCGGCCAUGUGCUACAGACAUCCCGAGAACUGCCUGAGGAGUCUGAGGCGAGCGUUGCAGGACCCGAUGACCAAGACUCAGACUCUGAUUUAUCCGAGGACGAAUCCGUCGAGGAUGAGAAGUCAGAAUUAGAGGAGUCACUCAUGAUCCAUAGCCAAGUUCCGGAGCAACCACAGGCGACUGAGCCAGCUCAAACUCGAGAAGACGAUGUAGUCCCACAAGAUGGCCACAAGUAUGAGGGCCUUGGUUCAAGAACAGAAACAGCCGUUGAAGAAGAGGAGAGUGACGUUGCCUCAAAUGCCAGCUCACUAGAUGAGUCUGAAGACGACGAACAUGAAGCGUCCAGGUCCAUUCAUGGACGAUCCUCUCCUGUACCCGCCAGUCCCGCCGAUGUUCAUCACAAAGAUUCUCACCAAGAUGUCGACUCAGAUGACGAUCCAGAUGACGAUCCAGAUGACGAUCCAGAUGACGAUCCAGACGAUAACGUCAGCAAUCUUGACCAACAGAGUGCGACUUCUCGACGCUCCUCAAUUGACCAGCCGUCUUACCCCGUUACCAAACCAGACCUCGAAGUUCAAGGCAACGACGUUUCUUUUGAACUACAUGAGCCAGAUUUGGGUCAAGAUGAAGCUGUUGGACAGACUAUGACGCUCAAAGACAACGACACCGACUCUGAUGACGGUUCUGAAGCUUCUGAAGCUUCUGAAGCUUCCGAAGCCGAGAAAUCCGAAGUUAGUCAUGUACAUGAGCAAUCAAGGGAUCCUAUCGAAGAACACGGCUCGAGUCUGGAGUUGAACAAACCUGCUGUCGUCGUUGACUAUAAUGUAUUGGCCGCUGCUAAAGAAGACGAUGAUUCUUCGUUAGAUGAUGAGGAAGAUGAAGAUGACGAUGAAGAUCCCGAACAUACUCCUCCCGGUCCUGAGCGCCUGGACACUGAUGUGACUUUGGAUGGCCCACAAGCUGGAACAAUCGAGGUAAAUCUUGAUGGAGAUGAUAAUGACGACGACGACGACGACGGCGAUGAUAACGAUGAUGAUGAGUCCGGUAUGGACCAACGAAGUCAAAUUAUUGACAGAGAUGAUUCGCCUGCACCGGAACCAACUCUCAUUCCAAAGUCAACUAUCGCCGAGCAUCAAUCUCAAUCAGGAAAUGAAACUUCACUUGAUCAUUCCUCAGUUUCACCAGCCGCACAUCAAACAGAGCCAUCAGGAUCGUUGGAUCAUAUCGCAGUCGAAGCUGAGGAACCAGACCUUUCUGACUCUGCUUCAUCGGUAUCUACGGAACCGGACACAGUAGGGAAAGAAGCCUCGGAUCACCAGUCUCGUUCGCAUUCCCCAAGUCCCGAUCUCCUGCAAUCUACACCCGAGGCUAUCCUCCUUGAACCUUCAGCUCCCAACCAAAAUGAAGUCGAUUCGGAACCCGAUGUGUCUGCUGUUAUAACAAGAUCUCCGUCACCUGAGUCAGUAGUUGAGAAACCGCCCAACGAAAUUCCAGUCCCCGAUGUAUUGGACGAGCUCUCCGAGGCAGACAGCGAGUCUGAAGCCGAACAUGAAGAGAACGAACCCCAAGCGCGAGAUCCUUCCUUACAUUCGAUUGUCCUCAACGAAGAAAACGAAUCGGAUUCUGAUGUUGAUGACGAGUCUGAACAUGAUGAGCCAACUCCUUCUGUUCUGCCGCAAACCCUGACAACUGAGGCCAAACUUUCCCCAGAAAGAUUGACAUCAUCUCCCGUUGCCACUCGAAAUCUUGCAGCCGUGGAUGAUGAUGAGCCUUUGCCAGAUGACUUGGAAGACCGAGAUCCAGAAGUGUCCGACUCUGAGGUGGAUGCAGACAAUGAACAUAUCGUCAACAUCACCAAAGACGAUAUGGAUCAGAAACACCCAGAGGAAACUGCGACCGAUGACGACAGCGACGACGAUAAUAGCGAUGACGAUACCCAUGUUUCUAGGGAUAUCUCUCCUAUCGGCAUUGACAGGAUAGGUGCACCACGCAGCCUCGAGCAAACCACUCAAGUUCCUGGGACGACUGAGGACACCUCUGAGGACAAUCGAGCAGUAUAUGAAGAAAAGGACGACAGACUGUCGGAUGUUCAACUUCCCGAAGCGCCUACUGAGGCAACCAGAGCAAUUGAGAACGAGGCGCAUACCGUCGAUGAAUGGCAGCCCCAGCAGGAAACGGCCGAUAAUAUGCUCCGUGAAGUCAAGACUCCAGAUACAGAUGACACUCAGCUCUCAGAACCAAAACCUGCCCAAGCGACUGAGGUGAAAUCUGUGGGGCUUGGUCGGUCUGAGCAUGAUGCCGUCAAGGUUGUCGAUAUCCCUUCCCGUGACAAAGGCAAAGCAAUUGCCGUCAUGCCAGAGACCCCAAAGCGAUCUGGUUCUAAAUCGCGUUCAUCACGUUCGUCGUCCCGUAAUGAGCCUCCUCGAACGUUCUUGACCCAACAACAACGACCACGAAGAUCGUUGAGAGUUCGUCCUGUGACAGAAGUCUAUACCAAAGACCCCAUCUUCGUUCCUGCUGUGAGUCGGCCCGCCGAUGCCAAACCUACACAGCGACCUCAGCCACCGCGUGCUGAAAGCGAGCCAGUCAGAGUACCAGUGCGUCCUCCGCUCGGCCGCCCUUCUUUGGAGACACAGGGUGAAUCCUCAAGAACAGCAGUGCAGGCAGAUGCCGUCGCCAGGCCCCGUUCUUUCCAGGCCGACGGCGAGUCGUCUAGAGCUCCCUUGAAACACGACCUCAGGCACCAGACGGUCACUGUUGACGAGGGGCUCCGAGAUGCGGCAUUUCGGACACCCAUCUCAGUUGACACAAUUGCAGGGUCUGAAGUCCAAAGACCACCAAGUCCCGGCAUAGUGAUUCCUGAUGCAGAGAUGAUUGAUCUACAACGAUCCCGCACCCUGAGGCGAACCCGAAAGAAGUCGAUACAGCAGGCUGAGGAUACACUGGCUGCAGCUGUAGUCAUUUAUGCCACCGCUGAGGCGCUGAGUCCUCCUGGUAGCCCAUCGCCUUUUGAUCACUUCAGGGGCAGAGAUAUACCUAAUCUGGAACAUCAGAUGAAUGCAGAACCUAAUGACUACAACUUCCCAGUCGUUUCUACACCACGGGGAAGCUUUGAGGAUGAACUCGAUGAGUUUCACAAGUCUAAUGCUGACUUGUUUGCAGACGACAGGAGCAGAGAAUCUGACUCGUCGCGCAGCGAUAGAGACAGAGAUAGACACCGCAGGCGCCGACACUCGCAUGCGUCACAACGUUCUGAAGGCAGCCGCGGUGAAGAAGACCGAGAGCGAAGACAUCGCACCGAUGAAGAGAGGCGAGCUCAUCGACCUCGGGAUGAUGAUGAGAGCCGCCGUCACCGAUAUUCGCAUCGCGACGAUGAAUCUCGGCAUCGUCGUCACCGUGACGAAGAAGAAAUGCCACCUCGUGACUCGCGUGGUGAGGCCGAUGCCAAGUCGAGAAGCUCUCGUGGAUCUGAAGAAUCGAAAAUCAAGGGCUAUCGCCGCGACGAAGACUUACGACCACGCGAAUCCCGUAAGGUUGAAGAGCCUGCUUCACGUAGCCUCCCUCAGGAAGACGAGGGCAGAGAGCGUAGAAGGCGAUCUUCUCAUGCUCACCGUCGCCAUCGAGCCGAUACGGCUGAGUCAGGUGCGCGUGAUACGUCUCCUAGAACACCCAGACGAGACAGCGGUUUCUCUGCCGAUAACAGUUCUGGAAGUUCUGGCCGCAAACGUCGCACGGCAGAUGAACAGGCCGCCCAUGAUAGACGCAAAGCAGAAAGGUCAGAGCGACGAACACGAGAGGAAGCUGAACGAAGACGCGAGCCUACACGCUACCACGAGUCAAGGCAGGAAGAAAAUGAUAAAGAGAGGGAGAGAGAAAGGCGAAGCAAGGGCAAAGAGCCCGCACGUGAACCAGAACCCGAGCGUGAGCCAUUUCCGGAGCUAGAGCCACAGCCAGAGCCCGAGGUAGAACGACACCGCCGAUCACGUCGACAAAGCCAUUCCGGUAGGCCUCGGCACGAAGAGCCUAGGGAUCGCGCACGAGAGGAAUCAGCUUCGCCUGAGAAGUUAUUUACCGCCAAGAACUCUGAACGUGUCUUGGAUGCUACUCCCCCACCUCGCGAGGAGGCCCCUGUUGCAGAGCCAGUCAGAGAACGCACAAGAGAUGCCCCGCCAGAGGAUUCGCCCAAACGCUCCUCGACACGACACAGACGAAGUACUCACCCUACCGCUGAAGAGCCACGUCCUCGAUCGUCACGUGUACGACGUGACGACACUGUGCCUGAGCCACCGCGGGAGAAGGAAAGGGACCGAGAGAGGACAAGAGACAAGUCGAGAGCGAGAGACGGAGAGAAAGAAGCUCGGCCUGUCAAGCACGUCAGAAUGGACACAGAAGACACCCGUCGCAAAGCGCGACACGAAGAGCGACGCAGGGCACAAACAAGGGACGACGACAGGAAGCCCUCGGGUAUCAAGGGUGCGUUCAAGAAACUUUUCAGCAAGUCUUGA